UUACACCCCAACACCACUUUUGAAUACAGCUGGCAGAUAUGCAGGAUUUGCACUGGUGACAUAUGUUCACAGAAUUGCUGUGUUCUCGUAGAUAGUCAUUUAACAUCUUGCACAAGUGCUUGCUUGAAUAAAGAUUUAGGCUGUUCUUCAUUCUUCUGCAAUUUCCAACCCUUAUUGGCCGGUCCCCGUACCUCAAUGACCCUCCGAAAACCUCCAUUGCCUCGGCUCCUCCUUGACAAUGUUUCUUGCAUGAGAAAUGCGCAACAGAUCUUGCGUCAUGUGAACGUCUCUCUUCAUGAUGGUGGAGCUCUUGUGCUGUCUGGAACCAAUGGCUCGGGCAAAACCACAUUCCUGCGUAUGUUGGCAGGGUUUUCUCGUCCUUCUGCUGGUCAGAUCCUCUGGAACGGCCACGAUGUCACGCAAUCUGGCAUUUUCCACCAAUACAAGUUGCAGCUCAAUUGGCUUUCCCUCAAAGACGCUAUAAAAGAGAAAUUCACUGUCCUCGACAAUGUUCAGUGGUUUGAAUUGCUUGAGGGUAAGCAAGGAAAGUCUCUGCCGGCCCUGGAGCUUAUGGGGCUUGGAAGAUUGGCAAAAGAGAAAGCGAGAAUGCUUUCAAUGGGUCAAAGGAAGAGGGUGCAGCUGGCCAGGCUGCUCGCUAUUGACCGUCCCAUUUGGUUACUUGAUGAGCCAUCUGUUGCGUUAGAUAAUGAUGGUGUGAAGUUGCUGGAGUAUAUAAUUACGGAGCACCGGAAGAAGGGUGGGAUAGUAAUUGUGGCUACGCAUCUACCAAUUCAGAUUGAGGACGCCAUGGUCUUGAGGCUGCCUCCCAGGUUCCCCAGACGGAUCACGUCGGUAGAUAUGCUUGGCCGAGCAGAUAUUUUAUAGUCCCUUGUGAGGAAAAACUAUUCAGGGACUAAAUGAAUUGAUGGUACUGUUCUUUG